AUGAGUGUCCAAAUAGAUGAAAAGCAACUUAUGGAAUCUGAAAUACUUGCACAUAGAAUAACUGAAUCAUGCAAUAAUGUCCCUUCAUUUUACCUUGUCAGCAUUGCUCAACACUCUAAAAAUAGCAAAAUCCCUCUAUGUUCACAGUGUGUUCUAAUUGAAGUUCGAGAAGUGCUCCAAAUUAAGUUCAAAUUUUGUUCGGAUUUAAUUGGUGAAAUGCUCGAUUUUAUUUUCGAAAAAAACUAUUUGCUCACAGGGUCAGAAACUACAUGUCAAUACAUGAAUAGUAUUCAAAAGAUUAAUGUAGCUACCUUGAGCAACUUUUAUUUUAUAAUUAAGUUUAAUCAUUGGUACACAACUGAUACAAUCUAA